AUGCUACACCAGAAACACUCGCUCGAUAAGGAACUCGCGGAAGCCGGCGGUAUCGCCAACCGGAGGCAUACCCAAGUCUUCUCCCUGUCGUUCUCCCCUUCUCCCUCCUCAUAUUGGGUUAGGCCAGGUUACGCCGAUGAUGCUCCUGCUGCUUCUGCUACUACGCUAGGAAGGAAGCAACCACAAGCUCUCAGAGGCUCCUGGACAUCGGCGUACCGCGAACGGUGGAACGUGCAUACGGAACGCCACGCCGGCCGUAUGGCGCAGACUGGGACUAUGCAGGAAUAG